AUGCAUUUUUUGGCCUGCUCUACAUUAUUGUUAGUUGUCGGUACUUCACCAACGUGUUUCGUUCAAGCGGGUCCAAUUAAGGAAAAGUGCAUGGUGGAGGUGGGCAUCACAGCACAAGAUGUUGCGGAUCGUCAUUUGAACGACGAUCCUGGCGAUGGUGUCAAGCUGUUUCUUGAAAACAUUGGCAUUAUAGCCGACAACAAGAUUAUACCUGGAGCUUUUGGCCAAGUUCUAGGUCAUUUAAUUACCGAGGAAGCUGUAGAGCGAAUGGACGCGACUUGUAAUUUGAUUGAGAGCGAGACAAGCGAUGAAGAGUCUUGUGAACUCGCCUGGCAAAUAUCUGAGUGCUACGAAGGACUAAGAAUGUCGGAUGCUCGGCAACACCGAAGGACUCGAAAGCAUAGAGGAUAG